AUGGCGGAAGUUGCGCAUCACAACAUCCCGGCAGUGGACAUGAUCAACGCGACGUCUCGCCUUCAAUUGGAGGCUUCAGAGGUCCGCAGCAACAAGCCAAACUGGGGAUCAUACUACCGCUCCAAGAUGAUUCAAGAGGACGACUACACUCUUGUCACCAACUACGAGAACGCUAAGUCGAAGGAAGAGCGUGAUACAGUUAUCGCUGCCAACGAUGCCAACGGACAACUUGCCAAGACCAUGGCCAACCUGAUCACUCAAGUCGCAAAGGACCAAAACGUUCGCUACGUGCUCACACUUUUCGACGACAUGCUUCAGGAGGAUAAGGCACGAGUUGAAAUCUUCCAUCGUGCCGCUGCCCGUCAGAAACGAACUGCUUUCUCGCAGUACCUCGGAAUCUUGCAACGUCAAGACAACUUCAUUGUCAACCAGAUGAGUUCCAUCAUUGCCAAGCUUGCCUGUUUUGGAGUCAGCCGUAUGGAAGGACAGGACCUUCAAUACUACUUCUCCUUCCUCAAGGAGCAGCUCAAAAAUUCUACGACAAACGACUACAUGAACACCACCGCCCGUUGUCUCCAAAUGAUGCUCCGCCAUGACGAGUACAGACAUGAGUUCGUGGAUUCUGAUGGUGUACAGACGCUUGUGACAGCUCUCAACGGAAAGACCAACUUCCAAUUACAAUACCAAUUGAUCUUCUCCGUCUGGUGUCUCACUUUCAAUGCCGAAAUUGCUAAGAAAGCACCAUCCCUUGGAAUCAUCACUGCUCUUGGAGAUAUUCUCUCGGAAUCCACAAAAGAGAAAGUUAUUAGAAUCAUUCUCGCUUCCUUCGUCAACAUCUUGAACAAAGUCGAGGAACGUGAAAUCAAAAGAGAAGCUGCCCUCCAGAUGGUCCAAUGCAAAACUCUCAAGACGUUGGAGCUAAUGGAUGCUAAGAAAUAUGACGAUCCAGAUCUUGAGGAUGAUGUCAAGUUUCUGACUGAGGAAUUGACUGUUUCAGUUCAUGACUUGAGUUCUUACGACGAGUAUUAUAGUGAGGUUCGAUCUGGACGUCUUCAAUGGUCACCAGUGCACAAAUCUGAAAAGUUCUGGCGUGAGAAUGCCUCAAAGUUCAAUGACAAACAGUUCGAAGUUGUCAAGAUCCUGAUCAAACUUCUUGAAUCCAGUCAUGACCCACUGAUUCUGUGCGUUGCUGCACAUGACAUUGGGGAGUAUGUCCGUCACUACCCAAGAGGCAAAACAGUCGUUGAGCAAUACCAAGGAAAGUCAGCAGUGAUGCGUUUGUUGACUGCUGAGGAUCCAAAUGUUCGUUACCACGCCCUUCUUGCCGUUCAAAAACUUAUGGUUCACAAUUGGGAGUACCUUGGGAAGCAGUUGGAUAGUGAUGCUCAGAAAGAUUCAGUUACUUCCAAGUAA